AUGGCAUUGACGCAGUUUCAGACGGAGAAUUCCUGGGCUAAUUCUCCCAACAACUCGUUCUUGGUAAACACCAUUCAGACUCAUGCAAAGUGUCAACAAGUUGGUGUCGUAUUUUCGUUGCGAGCAUCUGCACCGCUUUUCCCAGGACGCUCAUUAUCUCAAGUUGACGCAACUGAGGAGGCCCAUCUGUAA